AUGCAAAGUGAGCGGACGUCGCAGCAAGAGCGGGACGUUCAGAACUGGCACUUGGAAGAGACACGGGCAAGUGCGUCAAACCUCGGGACGCAGGGGCGAGUCGCGUGCUCUCCACUCAUGAAUGUGCUGACGAGUCAGUUGCUAUGGCGGACAUUGUGA